AUUAAAGUUUCAUGAUCUUCAGAAGUAGCAGGAACUGUAGUACAUAUAGUUUUUUGAUAUAUUCUCUAAGGUAUUAGUUGAAGUUACGACAUUUGUAAUGAAAUAACUUAAAAAAAAAAAAAUUAUAACAUAAAUAUGGAAAAGUCGUCAAGGCGACGUCGAGGACGACGGAAAGUUGAUUACGUGGAUGUGGCCCCUUCCACAGACCUCCCUCCACUUGUUGAAGGCGAACUUCGUUGUUUGCUUUAUAUCACAGUGGGUGAGAUAGUGUGGGGAACCACCGCCCCCGCACGACCUGCCCCAGUUUCACCCGCACAUAUUCGACUGCGAUGGUGGGGUGAAGCUACAGAUGGAACAUUUUUCAGGCCACAAACUACUAGAGAUGAUAGACCAGUGAGGACAAGAUGUCAGUUUGGGAUCCGAUCUGGACCAAAGCAAAUGGCAGCAUAUUUUCAUGAUAUGGGUUCAGUCACGUUUGAUAUUCAAGCCAGUCCAAAAAGUCUUCCAAUUGGAAGAGUACAGGUACCUGGCAUCUCAAGUUUAUCAGCCAGCAAUCCAAUCCGAGGAUUCUUCCCCAUCAUCUCCUCCUCCUCCAGGAAGAUGGGAGAACUCCACAUCACAAUGAGCUUCAAACCAGUGAGAGGAGCAUAUGAUGACAGUGAUACUGGAACAGAUGGUUCUAUCUCUGUUAGAUCUCGUACAACAAGUAUAGGAGGAAGAGGAAGCCGUCGUAGCAGCAGAUCAAGGAAUUCAAGCACUGGAUCAAGGUCACGCUCUAACAGUGCUGGCAGUAGUCGAAGUCGGCGUAGCAACAGUGGAGAAAGAAGAAGAGGAAAUCCUCCCUCCUCCAAUAGGAGGUUGAGGAGCAGGAGUCGAUCAACUGAAUCAAAAACAUCUUCCGCAUCACAAAGAUCUAGAUCGGGUAAAGUAGUUGGUUCCCCACCAAGUACUUCAACCCCAGUAAAUCAACCAAGAAAUGAAAAUCCCACUCCACGUGGCAUUGAUGCUAUGCUCGAAGAGAAUGGUUAUGAUUUGUAUGGUUGUAAUGAUAAUGCUGUACACGAGAGAAUAAUAAAGAUCAAAACCACCGUGUCUUCUUCAAAACCUCAAAUCCAACAUCCACCUACAGAUGCAAUUACUGAGUUACUGAACCGUGGUAAGCAACUUCGUGACGAGAUGACAAGAUGUGCAUUAUCAUCGGACACCGUGUUCACACGACCUGUGUCUGUCGCUCGCCACCAAGUGGAGGAAAUUAGGCAACCAACGCACAUGCCCCAACAAAUACAUCAGCCACCCAAGGAAGUUGAACACGUACCUUCCCAGGUUCCCAUGAAAUAUUGUCCAACCUUAACCCACCCACCCACUCCAGCUAUCAACGAACACAGGUGCGACACAGAUGUUCGUAUUGUUGAUAUGGUGUUGGGAGCUAAGGGUUUGCAACAUGAUAUUUCUAUGUUCUCGGACAUGUCAUCUUUUGGUUCCACAAGAGCGAGCAUGGUAUCCGAGCUUGAAGAUCCACUUCAUGAUGUUUCAAUCUUGAACCAUCUCUUCUAUAAUAACACGGUAUACCCAACCACCAAUACAACAACCACAUCUUCACAACAUCAACCACACACCACUGUUACCUCCUAUUCUAACCAGACAACCACCCAAACCAACCAUCAGAAAAUCUCAGUCUCAGCAAUCCACAAACCACCUACCCAACCUACAACAACAAGUGGUCACUCUGUAGAAAAACUUACAUCUCUCGGUCAUGUCCAUCUUGCCAGGGUAGUCGUUAAAUCUCUUCAGUUGAACUUUGACCUUGACUCGGAAGAGGAAGGAGUCAAAAGUCGAGUGAAGAAAACUAAGCAGAUAAAAUCCAAACCCAUUCCUGCCCCGGCAAAAAAUAAGAAAUCAGGAACUUUCUUUGUUGAAUAUAAGUUUCCUAAGGAUUCACAGCGAGCAUCAACAGCAACCGCGCACGACGUAACGAGAGUCGCAUCAAGAAAAGUCACCCCAGGAGGGUUGGUGAAAUUCGACCAACAUUCUAUUUUCCCCAUCCGAUUCAAUGCGACAACCGUCACCAGAUGGAUGAGUGACAACCUCUUGUUUCACAUCUUUCACAGGAAACCAAAAGAUAAAAAGGCUUCACUGAUUGGAGUGGCAACUAUUCCCUUGCAUGUCGUGAUCAACGAUACAAAGUUAUCUUACACUGGUACCAUCAAUGUAAUGGACCAUGAUGCAACUUCCAAGUCCAUGGUUGGUUCUGUAAAGGUUUCUAUUGAACUGACGGCUGACAGCAAAGACUUGCCACGGCAGAUGUCACCUGCCAAACAACCUUCAUCAGUUACAACCCCUAACCCAUAUACAGUAUCAAAGGUCAUAACAGAAGAGAGAAAAACAGACGAAGCUCGAUAUUCCCCAAACAAAAGGGGAAUUCCCCAUGAGGUGAUUCCCGUGCAUCAUAGUCUGGGACAAAAAGUAUGCAUCUCAGAUAACAUAGAAACAACAUAUUCUGAAAAUGAAACUGCUGCACCAACCACCACCAUACUACAUCUGUAUAUUAUGCUGAAAGAAGCAAGAGAUAUACCAGCUACUCGAGUGACGUGUGGUGCAGACAUGAGUCGAAAUAUUGAUCCGAACGUUUACCUCGUGUGUCGAGCGUUUGCAUCAGAUGAACCUUCCAAGACAGGUGUGGUGUGGAAUACUUCAAAUCCUAAGUUUGACUUUAACUUGGUGACUCCAGUUAAAAUAAAUAGCGCGUUGUUUACAAGAAUGAAGGAUAAUUAUGUGGUAGUUGAGGUGUGGACUAAGGUACCCACUGAAUCAAACCACGCUGAUAAACUGAUGGGUUUAGCAAAGAUUCCACUUCAUCUGUUCUAUCAGUCAUUAAAGGAUCCAGAAAUAGCACGUGCUGUAUUAACAUCUCACUAUCCACUUAUAUCCAUGGAUGGAUUCACACCGAUAGUUGAUGUGUUCACUGGCCAUGAAAGAGGAAAAUUGAAAGUCCUUCUUGCACUUGGUACCCAGGAUCAGAUUUGCUCACUGAGGAAAUCUAAGGAGCAGGAAUCCUCCGUUCCUGUUCCUCCUGAUCCGCAUCACUUAGAUGAUCCCACAGAUGCAGAGGAUGUUGAUAGGAACAUCAUCGGACCUGUACAACAUUCAUUUGAGAUCAAGAUCAUCGGGAUCCAAGGAUUUAAACCUCUCGAUAAUCAGGUAUGGGGGGAGACGGAUUGUUUCGUUCAAUAUGACUUCCCAACUCAAUGUAAAAGUCCUCCAGAUGUUGGAGAUGAAUCUUCAUCAGAUGAUGAUCAAAGAGAAUUAGCCCGAAUGAAAUCUUAUCGAACAGACGCGACACUCUGUGUCCCUGACCCACAUUUUCACCACUUGAAGUCUCACUCCUUCCACCCACCCUCCUCAGUUCCGGUUCAACGAAUUUUACUCUCAACCUGUUCCGGUGUGGGGAAACACCCAGGUGGUGGAAUCCCGUUUGAAGUAUGGUCAAGGUUCUACUACCCAAAUGUCAGAGACCAACUACUUGCCUCGGGAUCAUUACCGACCGCAAAACUUUGCGCUCUUAUUACAAUGAACAACAACCGAGUCUCCGAGCAGACUUUCCACAUACCCCUUGUGUUCAGUGACCCGGAACCUGGGUCAUCGACCUCAGCUGGCAAACUUCAAGUAUCUGUGAAAUAUAAAUCAUCAGUGUCAUCAAUGAAUGAGGUGAAACCAGCGCUUGAUUUCGGUCGAACUGUGAAGCUGGAAGUUGGUGUCAUACGAGCAAGUGGUCUUCAGUAUGCAGCAAGACUCGCUGCUUCUCUGAUAUCUGAUUCUGAGCUGAAUUAUUGUGCAGGGGUUGGCGUAAACACUUAUGUGAUGAUGAAACCAUCUUUUGUUAAUAAUGAGACACUUCGUAAAACACACUGUGUGUCCCGCUCCUUUGCCCCGGACUUUAAUCAUCACUUUGAGCUCUCCUGCCCUCUUGUGGAAUACAGGGAUAGUGUUUCGCCGAUAUCUCUCGCUAGUUCACUUGCAUCUGGACAGCUUGAGUUGGAGUUGUGGCAUCGACCUUCACCAAAUGAUGGCAGAAAUGCUGGAGAUAUUUUACUUGGACGAGCAAAAAUUCCAACACAAGAUUUAUUAACCCACACCACUGGUUUAAAAAGAUGGCAUCAGCUGACUUCAUUAGAUCCGAAUAAAAACAACUCCCCUGUAAAUGUUGGUGCCAUAGAAAUAUCAUUAUCAUUCACAUCACGACCGGACCUUGAAUUACUUCUUCGUGCAGCCAAGUCAGUGGGGUGGAAGCCAACCACUGUUAGUGACUUGUCACGUAUGCUUGUGGCUGAUAGUGUGGGUGUGCUGAGACCUGUAGAGGAGUUGUCAAUUCCUCACAGUGUUAUAACCGCAUGUGUUACUGUAACAAACGCAUGGUUUCCGACCCAACAUGCACUGGCUGCAGAUGGCGGGUUAGACAGGAAAGCUCAUGUCUACCUACAUUACAAGUUCUAUGAUAAAGACUCUGUGACUUCGAGUCUCUGCUCUGUGGCUCCUCAUACAUUAGACAGCAACAUUGCGAUGGCAAAACUUGCUCACCGUCGAUCAUUCCUCUGUAAACCAUCACAACCCCUUGUGUGGUUCCUACGAGAAGAAACCUUACAGCUACAAGUUUGGCUCACUUACUCACGGUCUGAAAAAUCGCAUCGCCGGCCAUUGGAUCGUGACGUGCUGCUCGGCACUGCGCAUGUGGACCUCUCCACCAUGCUAGUAGGUGGGCUGCAUCGUCAACAACACAUCAGUGGUUUGUAUCCACUCUUUAAAGCAGGAGUGGAUGACCUUGGUGGAGCAUCAGUACGUGUGUACGUUAGUCUCAACCCUGGUGACCACAGCAAACCUUGUGAUUUUGAAACAUCAGAUGAUUUCUGUUCCAUAUCAGAAUCUAUUUUAUCAGAAUCCAACGAAUCACAACCAGAUUCCCAACCACAGGAAACUUUGGUUACAAAAUCCAACGAGUUCUCAUUCUAUGCUGCUGUGUCAGUAGAAAGAGCAAUGCACCUUCCCCCAUUAUCCCCAGUCCAAGAUGAUCAAUCUAAUAAAACAAGUCGUUUUGUUUCCUAUCAAGUCCUCACAGGAGACAAAGACACAACCACCAUCACGUGUGCUGUCAGCAGCUCAUCUUGCCCUGUGUGGAACGACAGCAAGCAAGUUCUUCUUGACAGAAAACUUCUUGAUCCUGGAGGAGGGAGCGUGCUCUUCCGUGUCUGGGAUCGUGAGUCCGGCAACGAAGAGGAUGUAGUCAUAGCAACGGAUCGAAUGAUUGGGUUUGCAACAGUCGAUAUAUCUGUUCUAAGCUCCGGUUUUGGGGCAGUGAAUGGUUGGUAUAAUCUUCUUGACAUUCAUGGCAACUGCCAGGGUCAAUUAAAAGUAGCAAUCACUCCAACGGAACCAUUAGCUCCCAACCAAACAACAACACAUGACAGACCUACCAAUCAACCUCUGCAACAAACACCAUUCUCAAACAGCAUAUUGCAUUCGGUGCCUAUUUCUAUCCCAGUCCAAACACCUUCAGGAAGCAUGUACUACCCUGGUGUUCCAAGUUCAGGUCAAACAGUUGGUUCCACAUGUAAAAAUAAAGAAAACAUAACUCCUCACCCAACAUAUUACGACAGAAAUCAUAAUUACGAAGCACCCCAUCCUAACAUAACUUCAGUCUCAGCUCUCCCACCACGCACAUUAUAUAAUCAUGAUCAACAGCAAGCGUGUCUGCUUGGUACUUUACAAAAGCAAAUGAAAGAGCUUGAAGAAAUCAAACGCAACUUUAGCAGGAGGAUUCCUAAACCAUCAUUUAAACCUUACAUAUCAGAUGGCCAACCAUUGAUAGAACCAGAUUGUGAACCAACUUCUGCAACGAAUUCUCCUAUUUCAAGUCAAGGUGAAAACACAACAACAGCAACAAUGCAACUAUUGCAAUCUGACAAUGUAUUGCCCACACCGACUACAACAUCAUACCCAGCUAGUAAACCCACCGUACACAUGUCGUUGUUCAAACCCAAUAAAAAAGAUUUUGAUGAUUAUGACGAAGGAAUGGCCGUCAGUGACAAUGAGUUCUCGGAUGUAGAGAUUGUUUGUCCUCGUAAUCUAAAUCAACAAAGCGUAAUCGAUCUCCCGCCACUAGGUAGCGAUAAAGAUAAGCAGCAUGAAGAUGUGGCAUCAUUUGAACCAAAUGAAGAAGAGGACUUGAGGAGGAGCAACACGGGAGAUGACUUGGAUGACACCAGCCUCUGGUUAUCACGAUCCGCUUCUCGGAUGGAUGAAGAACAUGGUUUGGAUGAGGAGGAUGGUCUGGAUGGAAGUUACUCCCGUGAUCCUGUUCAACAUGAGGAGACCAUCUUGAGGAUUCAUAAAGACGACGUUAUUCCAAUUGAUCCAUUUAUCCAUGAAAAGGAUGAUGAAAAGGAUGAAGCAUCAGAAACUCUGAAUGAAGAAGAUGUGGAUGUUGUUCAUGAUGAUCAUGAUGCACUUUUGCCUCCACAUCCUCCACAGGAAGAUGUCAAAGCCCAGGAUCAUGAUUUGGAAAAUAUUUCUGAAAAAUCCGAUGUAAUUGAUGAAAGUUCUGAAGUUCCCACAGUUAGCCAACAAGAUGAUGAUGAGGUUGCUCCUGAUAUCCAGGAAGAAGAAGAACAAAAGAUAGAAGAAGAAAAAGAAGAGGAACAUCUGUCCUCCUCUUCCGAAGACACUAUUCUAGAAAUUGUUGCAGAUCCUGGAAUCAGCAUUGAGAUUGAAUCCCCGGUUCCUUUCCAAUCUCAUCUCAUCCUCUCCCCUCGAAGAGUUGCGAGCCCAACCAUACCUCCUCCUGAUCACAGUGAGGAUACGAAAUCUUCAGAUGAGGAUCCCUGUCCUCCAGCAUCAUCAGGUCCAAUAUUAGAUCAAAAAAACCUUCCUAAUUUCUUUCCUCCUAGCAUGGAUUUGAUCAAAUCAAUGAGAGCACUGCAGGCAAUCACAACAGAGCAAAAGCAUAACUUAACCAAGAAACAUUCUUCUGCAAAUGAAGAAACAAAUUCAGAUCCUCAGGGUCAAGAGACAAGUCCUGCAUCCCGCAUCACCAGGAAGAAGUUAAUGAAACCUCCGACUUUUAGUGAAGAGCAAACCAACAGACUCGCUAAAAUCUUCAAUUCAAAAUUUGCAUCUGGUUAAUCUUAAUAAAUUAAACCAUAUAUUAGGACAUAUCAUACCGUUUUUAUUUUGCUGCUAUGUUUGUUUAAGUAGAUAUAUAUAUAUUUUUUGUACUGGUAUUGUUGACUUUAGUUCCUGUAUCGAAUUGUUGUUGAUGAUCCGUCCCAUGACUAUGAAAACAUCCUCGUUAAAAGGUGCCUUGUGCCAAAUAUCAUUACACACGUCUUUGUGGAUUGGAAAUUAAAAACUUUACUGAUUUUUUUCUCCUCCAUUGGUUUUGCUUCGAUUUGUUUUAAGUGGUCUUAACUUUUGGGUUGGUUUGACAGUUUGCAUUGUCACUGUAGCAUUUUGCAUAAAAGAGGUUUUGAAACAG